AACCGCCAUUAAACUCAAGAAGAAGAARAAGAACCGGUGCAGCAKCAAGGCAUCACUGCUUUUUUGUUAGAAAAAUGGUAACAGUCAUCACUGCUUUCUUUAGAAAAAUGAUUCCAGAGCUGUCCAACCCCUCAGUGUGUAUGAAGGAUCCUCAGAGGGUCCAAAAGGUCCUGCAGUCCAUCGCAGAGGCUGGCGCCAACAAACUGCAGGUGAUCUCAGAUUUUGACAUGACCCUAACCAGGUUUUCUUACAAUGGAAAACGAUGUCCCACCUGCCACAAUAUUCUUGACAACAGCAGGGCCAUCUCCAGUGAAUGCAAACAAAAGCUAGCCGACCUCCUUAAGACCUAUUAUCCCAUAGAGAUCGACACCUCACUGUCUGUGGAAGAGAAGCUGCCUCUAAUGGUGGAGUGGUGGACCAAAGCUCACGACCUCCUGGUGGAGCAGAAAGUCAGGAAAGACCAGUUGGCCGAGGCGGUGCACGAGUCUGAAGCCAGGCUGAGGGACGGCUACGAGUUCUUCUUCAACCACCUGCAUAAGCACGACGUCCCUCUGCUCAUCUUCUCUGCUGGAAUCGGAGACAUCCUGGAAGAGGUGAUUCGACACUUUAACGUCUUCCUCUCCAACGUCAAAAUCUUCUCCAACUACAUGGACUUUGAUGAGUCUGGCACGUUGAGGGCUUUCAAGGGAGAGUUGAUUCACGUCUACAAUAAAAGGGAAGGCGCGCUGCUGAACACCGGCCACUUCCAGGAGUUACGGACGCGCCCCAACGUGCUGCUGCUCGGAGACUCCAUCGGAGAUCUGAACAUGGCUGAUGGAGUUCAGGAUAUGCAGAACAUCCUCAAGAUCGGCUUUCUUAAUGACAAGGUGGAGGAAAGAAAGCAGACMUACCUGGACUCGUAUGACAUCGUGUUGGUAAAAGAUGAAACGAUGGACGUUCCUAACGCCAUCGUUCUCUAUCUGACUGGUAACAAGUGAGCUGUGUGUCGUCCCUGGGACUGAAACAUGUUCUUUGUUUUGUUAUUGUACCAAAACCCUCGACACGAAUGUGUUCAGGUUUUAUCAGAUUUCAUAAGAAAAGRAAACGCACAACAAAUGUUUUGUUUUGAGUUGAAUUAGACCUACCGUACUUUUCCUACGCCCUAAAGCAUUUCAGCUGUUGCUGAGCUGURACUCCAUGUUUUGAAAAUAAAGUGUUUAAAAAGUAAA